AUGGGCUCUAUCGCGCAGUCAUCUCAAAAGUUCACCAACCGUAUGGAUAACGACUGUUCCAACGUCUAUGGCUCACAAUUUGCCGCUCGGAGUAUGCCAGCUCAGCGACUCCCCGAUCACGAGAUGCCCAAGGACAUGGCCUACCAGCUUAUCAAAGAUGAUCUAGCAUUGGAUGGUCAGCCCAUGUUGAACUUGGCCAGUUUUGUGACGACCUAUAUGGUAAGAGAAGAAUUUAUUCUAUAUAGGAACUUUGUUAACGCAAAACAGGAAGACGAAGCGCUAAAGCUACUGGCCGAGUCAUCAAACAAAAACAUCAUCGACCACGAAGAAUACCCCAAAUCCGUGGAAAUCGAAACUCGAUGCUUAAAUAUUCUCUCCGAUCUUUUCCACUCACCUGUAUCAAACGGAUCUCUAACCGCCGUCGGCACAUCAUGCAUCGGCUCAUCUGAGGCCAUCAUGCUCGCAGUUCUAGCGAUGAAAAAGCGCUGGCAGGACAUCCGCAAGUCUGAAGGGAAGGAUACCUCCAAGCCCAAUAUCAUCAUGAGCAGUGGUGUCCAAGUCUGCUGGGAAAAGGCAGUCCGAUACUUUGACAUUGAAGAGAAGUUAGUCCCGUGCACAGAAACGCGAUAUGUGAUCGAUCCUGUGCAAGCAGUGGACCUUGUCGACGAAAAUACGAUCGGAAUCUGCGCUAUCCUUGGAACCACAUAUACAGGACAGUAUGAGGAUGUCCGAGCUAUCAACAGCCUUCUUGUUCGGAAAGGCUUGAGCACGCCGAUUCAUGUGGACGCCGCUAGCGGUGGUUUCGUGGCUCCGUUCGUGAAACCAGAAUUGGAGUGGGAUUUCCAGUUGUCCAAUGUGGUGUCAAUCAAUGUUUCGGGGCACAAAUACGGCCUGGUUUAUCCAGGUAUCGGAUGGGGUCUUUGGCGAUCACCAGAGUAUCUCCCCAAAGACCUCAUUUUCAACAUCAACUACCUAGGCGCCGACCAACUUAACUUCAGCCUCAACUUCUCCAAGCCUGCCUCACAUAUAAUAGCACAGUACUACCAACUGAUCCGACUCGGCAGAAGCGGAUACACGUCCAUCAUGACAAACCUCACUCAAACAGCAGACCAUCUCUCGCAUCAGCUUCAGGAAAUGGGGUUCUUGAUCAUGAGUGAGAAUGGCGGCGAGGGACUCCCAGUGGUUGCCUUCCGAUUAAGUCCUACGCAGAACGUUUUCUUCGAUGAGUGGGCACUGGCACGGAAACUGCGCGAGAAGGGAUGGAUUGUUCCUGCUUAUACCAUGGCGGCUGAUUGUGAGCAAAUGGGUAUGAUGCGGGUUGUUGUUCGAACGGACUUUAGUAUGGCGCGGUGUGAGAGUCUGGUGAGGGAUAUUCAGGCUGCGCUGGGUGCUUUGGCGCAUUUGGAAAUUCAGAAUCUCCAACGGUAUCAAGCGUGA